ACAUUUCAAUAUUUUUCGAGCUAUCAAUGCUGUUUAUCGAAAACAAUAUAUUCGAUUUAUUUCUGUAUAUUUCUUAGGUGUUUAAGUUUAAGGAUAUCUUUCUGUUAUGACUCAUCUCUAUAGCGUUGUAUCAGUUUGUACACUAUUUAAUAUUUUCUCAAUAAGUCUUUGUCUUCAACAAUUGCCUCCGAUCGAAGAAAACAACAUCGCUGUAACCGAAGCCAUUAUCCGUUACACGAUUAAUAAACUAUUUUUACUUUUUAAAUUAAAUGGUAGCGUGAAGGCAAAAUCACAAGACUAUUCCAAGGUACACAAAUAUUUUACGUCACUAACGCUUCAGGAUUAUGACAACUUAAAGGAAAUUGCAAGACAGACCAGAGUGAGCUAUAAAAAUAUAAACGAUACAGAUUUUGUAGCCAUAAUAAAUGAUGUACUAGCCGAGGCUAACGUGGUCAAUGAAAAUAAUGAUACCGAAUUAAAUGAAGGCGAUGAAAAUGUUACUCACUAUAUUGAACAGUUUUUAAGAAAAUUGCAGCUCUUAAAAGAAAUGUACAGCGUUGGUAAGGUCUAUGCUAAUAUUAAUAUGGAUGUUCUGAAGGCCAUGAAAGUUCCAACGAAUAAAAACGAUAAAUCAUCCAAUGUUACAUAUGAUUCGUUUAAGAUUGUUGGAAACACUACUAUUAUAGAAGAAAACGAGUUCUGGGAGUCUAGCGGCCGCAGAAUAUUUAAAGGAGAAAGGACCAAAAUCAAACAUUUUCCAUUUAUGGCAACAAUUCAAAUAUUUAAUAACUUUCAUUGCGCCGGAUCCAUUAUUAAGUCGGAUCUUAUAAUCACAGCCUCUUCUUGUUUACAAUUGGCUUAUAAUAAUCGUCUGUUCCGAGAAAAUCCAGCGUUUCUGUCAGCUCGAGUCGGCAGUAGCUUUUAUAACGGUGGAGGUGAAGUCAUAUCUGUGCAGGAGGUCUACUUCCAUCCUUCCUACGAUCCAAAGACUUUGAGGAACAAUAUCUGUCUCCUCCGACUAGCACGCCAUCUGAAAUUUAGGAGAAAAAUCAGAAGCGUAAAAAAAAUUGAUUUUGAUAGACACGAGUCCACUCUCUCCAUGACUACAUCUGGAAUUACUAUAGUGGGCUGGGGUGCCAAAGAGCACAGUCCGAUAAUUGGCAGUCCAUGGAAAAACAUAUUGUCUUUCGCUGAAUUACAUGUGUAUCCUUUAGAAGAUUGUCAAGAUGUUUAUUCCAAAGCUUACGUUACGAAAAAAAACUUUUGUGCUGGUUUUAUAUCUAGAGGAGGAGGAGCCUGCAAUCGUGACGUAGGUGGUCCUGGUAUAGUUGAAAAUAAGCUGAUGGGAAUCAUAAGCUUCGGAUCUCCGGUUUGUGGCUCUCCCGAUAUGCCAACAGUGUUCACGAAAGUGGGCUAUUAUACUGAUUGGAUUGAAGAAAUUAUGGAACAGCCGGUAAUUAUUUCGAAGAAAAGGACUACUCUAAAAUCAGACUUCAACCCAUUUUUAGCUCAACCAAUUCAUAUUGAACCGGAUCAGACCACAUUUAAGAUACCACCUUUGACUGGUGAAAAAAUGAAGCCAAUACCUAUUACAGAAAUAGACGGUCAGCUUAGAAUAUCUGAUGAGAAACUGUUUAAAGAAUUCCUAGCCACUAUGUUCAAUAGCCAGGAAAUUGCUGAAUAUGAGGACAUAAUAAAUCCAGACAAUGGUGACAUAGAGGUUAAUGAUAUGAUACUCAAUGAUGAUAAGGUCUUAGAGGAAACGGCAACUGAGAACAUUCCAGCAGAUCAAACCAUGAUAAUUCCCGAUGAAGAGGAUACAGAAGCACAGGAAGAAGUAGAGAAUCAAACACAAAUAAAUGAAGUUUCAAACAAAAGCUUAGAAGAAAGUGAAAAAGAAGGCAAUAAAUACGAAAUGAAUACACCUGCUAUAGAAGAUGAACCAGCGGGCGUUGAUAAUUUAAAUAAGGAUUUAGCCAACUUACUUGAAAAUGUACAAGAUGAUGGCGGGUUAGGACCUAAGAGAGAUGAAGAUAACAACGUUCAGACUGACGAUCAAAAGGUUUUGACACUUUUAUAUUUAUCUGACGAGGACAAAAAGAGUAAUGGAGGAUUGAGCAUACCAACGGAACAUUUUGAGGAUUUAACGAGAAGUAAACAAAAUGUUCUGAAUAUUUUACCAGAGAAUGAACUAUAUGCUCUUUUAUCGGAAGUUAUACAAGACGAGGUUGAGAAAAUAAACGCUGGGACUUGAGGUUUUUUUGUGCAAAAUUAUAGUAUAGGUUAUUUAUGACUGUUUUGUUAUUUUGUCAAUUAAUUUAGGUAAUAAAAUGUAGUAGUAUAAAAUAUUUUUAAAACUUUUCACACAAUGUAUAACAUGUACAUAAACACAUGACACAGUUAAAAAAAUAUAUGUAUAUUAAUCAAUGAUAAUAAAAUUUUAAUCUCAGAGUAAAUAAA